AUGAAACGGAGGGCGAGGGAAGAUUCGUUCAGGCUCAGUCAGAAGUACCUGAGGAGGUGGCGCGACCGUGUCCUUGCACGGAGGUGUGACAGGCGAAGGACCUGGGUCCACUGGACCAGCUGGCGGAACCAGACGGCCACCACGGUCCUCUUCAGACACCUGUAUGCACGCAGACUGCAGGAGCGGGCAUGGCUCGUCUGGAGGAAGAGGCGCAUUCGAACCAGGGUGUCGGUGGCCUUUGCGGCCCAUCACAGCAAAGCCCUGCUAGCGCAGGCCUUUGGCAUAUGGCGGGACCGUGCCCUAUGGCCAGCAUCAGAGGAGAGCCCAGUGGGCCUAGCGGAAGAUGGCGGCCAAAUGGACGAACCUUGGACCAAGACACGGGAGGACUCCACCCUGCACCCUGCCCGCUAGGGGGUUUCACAGCUUUCCCUCAGGCCCACGAAAGUUACGCCAUAAUGUCUUCUCAGCAUUGGCAGCUUUGAACUGGCCACGUCCUGGUUUUUAGCAUCCACGUUGUCACACACAGGGACGAAAUAGCUGUAUCUAGUCAAGAGGUCUGCUUUUGAUUCUUUAGUGACUCCAGCCUGUUCCGUUUACACAUGCUGUCUUAAUAAACGCUGUGAAUGAGCUGUUUUUUUCUGCUGCAGGCUGAAGCCAGUUAGGUGCAGCGUAGAAUCCACGUUAAGUCGUUUGACACACAACACCGCCAGGAAUCUCUGUUUCAGACAGCGGUGCUUCCCAGAAAAUCCAGAGAGAAGCGGGCGUGUUGUUUCAGCCUGGCUCCGUGUGUAAUAACAAAGCGCCUUUGUCACAGAAGCAACACACUCAUUCCAAAGGCAUGUGCUGGAGCCGCAGUGCUGGCCUUGGCACUGGGUGCUAAUGUAAUAUAGUCAUCGUGCGCCACUAUACACUGCACUCUUUCACCUCACUUUUGUUAUCUGGUUGCUAUCGAGCAAUCUUAUUCAUUUGACACCGUUUGCUCCACAUUUGAUUAGCCCAGCUUUUGUAAGAAGAGUGAGUCUUUACCCUGUACAGGAGGCCCAUGCUCUCUGGUGAGCACGAGGGACUAGAUCUGGGGUCACUGCCGAGUCUGCUGUCUCACACACACACACACACACACACUCACACAUACACUCUGAAUAUGUGCCCUCAAUCAGAAGGCUGCCCAUGGCUAUAAAUACCCUGUGUGCCUCAGCAGGCCAGCUCUGUGUGGAUACCAUAAGAAGCAUCUGGAGCUUUCUUCUAAAGGAAUGAUUUGCAGUGGUGGAGGGAAUAGUUACGCUUCCAUAAAAAGCCCACCUCACUGUCCCUGAGGAGCCGAAUCCAG